AUGUCAAGCAACCCACAACCAGCAGUAGCCGAUCCUUUGGUACCUUCCUCGGCUAAGGGAGAAUCCCCAGCGCGCCCUCCCAAGCCACUGGGAAAGCCCCUCAAUCCCGAUACACUCCAGCCUCAUAAGGCAAUGGUUCCUGUCCAUCCCAAUGAUGCGGGAUCAGAUGCACAGCAGUAUUCCUCAUCUAGACCCUCUGUGGUCGGGCAGCAUUUUCGAGUUGGCAAGAAAAUCGGUGAAGGAUCCUUUGGGACCAUUUAUGAAGGAUUCAACAUCAUUGACAGUUAUGCGGUGGCAAUAAAAUUUGAGCCCAGAAAAAGCGAGGCUCCUCAAUUAAGAGACGAGUACAAAUCUUACAAGAUCCUUGCGGGAACGGGUAUUGAUGGCGUUUUGAUUGUUUUAGAAGGAAUACCCAGGGUUUUCUAUUAUGGACAAGAGGGAACCUACAAUUGUCUUGUGAUGGAGCUUCUUGGACAUUCUCUUGAGUAUCUGUUUGACUGCUGUUCUAGACAUUUUACAAUCCAGUCGGUUGCAUUGCUGGCAAUUCAAAUGAUCACACGAGUGCAAUCUAUUCAUGAGCAUAACCUCAUUUACCGGGACAUCAAGCCAGACAACUUUCUUAUCGGGAGGAAGGAUAAAUCGCACAUCAUUUACAUUGUCGAUUUUGGGAUGGCAAAGCAUUAUCGAGACCCAAAGACCCGAGUCCACAUUCCAUAUAGAGAACGAAAAAGCCUUUCUGGAACGGCCAGAUAUAUGUCCAUCAACACACAUCUUGGCAGGGAGCAGAGCAGAAGAGAUGAUCUGGAGGCAUUAGGAAAUGUUCUACUCUAUUUUCUCAGGGGGUCGCUUCCAUGGCAAGGCCUUAAAGCACCUACCAACAAAUUAAAGUAUGAGAAAAUCGGGGAGAAAAAGCAACAAGUAUCCAUUCUCGAGCUGUGCCUGAGAUUUCCAGAAGAAUUUUCAGCCUAUAUUUACUACGUUAGGAAGCUCGGGUUUGAAGAUACUCCCGAUUAUGGAUACUUGAAGGGCUUGUUCAUUGACCUUGCGUCUCGUCUUGAGGUCCAGAAUCCCUUUGUUUUUGAUUGGACCCUCUCUGCUUCAUCAAGCUUUGUCGUUGCCGAAGCGGCCGCAUCUAUCGGAUACUCUACCCGGCUGGGGAUAUUUAGUGCUACUGGCCAGGCUAUACGUAGAUUGAAGCCUGGAGAUUCUCAACUACUUCUAAAUAGCUCUUUUGAUCAGAAAAACGAGAAUUUAUCGGCCGAAGCGAGGAAAGCCUCUACGGCUUCCAUGCAGCCUGCUCUUCCCUCUUCGCUGUAUGCGACAGGCGAAUCCGGUGGAACUCCGGCCACCAAGAGUGAGCCACAAAGCGAAACCGACCACACCCAACCAAAGUCUUCUGUUGUUUUGUUUGCAGGAUAUCGGCAACAGGAGGGCAGGGAAAAAGAGGCCGAACGAAAAGCAGACGAAGAGGGCAUCUCAUCAAAGCCCUUCAAACGCAAAAAAAGGGGCUUUUUUUACCAGCUAUUUUCUUCUGUUUGGGGGACCAUGCUUGAAUAUGCUCUUUUUCUACCAUCUCUCAUAAGGCGCCCACAUUCACUAUCCACGCUCUGCAGCUUCCUUUCUCCGACCGAGAAGAAGAAAGCCAAUCCAAAAUACGAAGACAGCGAAAACAUCUUCCAGCAGCUCGCUGGGGAUGAAUAA